CUUGGACAGUGGCUGAACACCUUGGAAUCUACCAUCCACAUUAAGGACUUCCGAGUUCGCACUCAAUUACUUCGAAUCGGAAGUCAAAGCUCAUUGCUUGCUUCUUCUCUUAUUUCAUCGAAAAUCCGAAGUUUGUGGCUCAGAAACUUCCAUGUCGAUAACUUGAAACUUGGAACGAAUUUCCGGAAUCACCCAAAUGGCGAGCAUUUCCACAUGCUUCACUGUGAUGCCAAGCUCUCGAUUCUACAGUCAUGCUCAGAAUUUAUGUAAAGCUUCGUCUUUGGCUAAGCCCCCAUACCUGUUCCCAGUCAUGCAAAAGCCAGUCUUCCUGGGAUUCCCUAGAAGGGUUUGGGAUUACAGGGUUUCGGUGCCGGUUGCGAGAGCGAGUGUUGAUUUGCCUCAAGGGAUUAGACCGGGAGGCGUUGUGGAGAGCGAUAAGUUGCCGUCUGAUGUGAGAAAGCGGGCAAUGGAUGCUGUGGAUUCGUGUGGAGGGAGGAUGACUAUUGGGGAUGUGGCAAGCAAGGCUGGGCUUAAGUUGAAUGAGGCCCAGAAGGCUCUUCAGGCUCUUGCUGCUGACACCAAUGGAUUCUUAGAGGUUUCUGAGGAAGGUGAUAUUCUGUAUGUGUUUCCAAAAGAUUAUCGGUCAAAGCUUGCGGCCAAGUCAUUUAGGAUUAAAGCCGAACCUUUUCUUGAAAAGGCAAAGGCCACUGGGGAAUACUUGAUAAGGGUUUCUUUUGGGACAGCACUUAUAGCGUCCAUUGUUAUUGUUUAUACUACGAUCAUCGCUCUGAUUUCUAGCAGAAGUGAUGAGGACAAUCGUGGAAGACGGGGAGGUAGAACAUAUGAUUCAGGAGUCACUUUCUACUUCAAUCCAGUAGACCUCUUCUGGUACUGGGAUCCGUAUUACUAUAGGAGACGAAGGAUACAAACUGAUGAUGAAAAGAUGAACUUCAUUGAAUCGGUCUUCUCAUUUGUGUUUGGAGAUGGUGAUCCAAAUCAAGGAAUUGAAGAAGAGAGGUGGAAGUUGAUUGGGCAAUACAUAGCAUCUAAUGGUGGUGUGGUAGCAGCUGAAGAACUUGCACCAUACCUUGAUGUAGAGUCUACAAAGGAGCUUAAGGAAGAUGAAUCCUAUAUCUUACCUGUUCUUUUGCGAUUUGAAGGUCAGCCUGACAUUGAUGAAGAGGGAAAUAUUCUAUAUAGGUUUCCAUCUCUGCAACGGACUGCUUCUUCACAACGCAGUAGCCGGAAAGAAUAUGUGGGGAGAAGAUGGGCAGAUUGGGUUGGAGGUGUUGAAAAAUUUUUCAAGGAGAGGAAAUGGCAAUUCAGUAAAACCAGUGCAUCAGAAAGGGCAAUGGUCAUAGGCCUGGGUGGUCUUAAUCUAUUUGGGGUUAUUACUCUUGGAGCCAUGUUGAAAGAAAUGGCAGUCGCACCUGGUGGCUUCAUUAAAUUUGUAGCCGACAUAUUCCCUCUUCUUCAGAUCUAUGCUGGCUCUUUCUUUGCAAUUCCUCUGGCUAGAUGGUUCUUUAUUCGCAAGUGGAAUGCUGAUAUUGAAAAAAGAAACCAAGUUAGGCAGCAGUGUGCACGUGUACUUGAGUUGCCCGACAUUUCACUGAGGAGGAAGCUUCUCAGUGCCCGGGACAUGGCCCAAAAGACAGUCAUUGGACAGGAUCAAAUUUUGUACCGUACUGACAAAGACUUGGUUGAGCAAGAGUUUGAGGCUCGUGAUUGGGACAAAAGAUUUAGGGAUCUGGAGAGAUCGGAUUGAGCGGAGUCAACUGUUGUAUUGAUAUCUUGAGUUUCAGGUGAUUGAGCACCCGUUUUCACCCGCUGCCACAUAUAAUCGUUUCCUUGUGUGGAAAUAUUAUAUAUAUUUCUGGAGAAAUUGCAGUAGAGGCUCUACUGAUGCAAUCGCUGAUGCUGAUGGCUAUCAAGACGGCAAAGAUGCUCACAGACUCUGUAGAAUCCAAUGGGAAUUAACAAGCUAUAGGAACUAUUUUUUUUUCCAAAUUUUUUUACUGAGGCAGUACAAAUUUCUGCAGGAAGGACCAGUAAAUAUAUAUACCCCUCAGUAGGCGGGGCGUCUGUGUGGUCUCCUACAAUCUUGCAGGGUAGGGUUUAUUACUGCUUCAAGCUUGAUUACAGUCAUUG